AUGCAAGGAGCCCUUGUAUCCUUUGCCUUUGCGCUUUAUAUUUCUACUGUUGAUUCUUCUGUCCUUAAAGCACAAUUGGAUCCUCGCGCGGAUUGUCGUACCAUUACUGUUGUCUCUGGGGAUUCAUGUGGAGCUUUGGCUACUAAGUGUGGCGUUACCGCUGCUCAAUUCACAACAUUCAACCCCAGCCCUACGUUAUGUUCUACUCUUCAAAUUGGCCAACGGGUGUGCUGUUCCGCAGGCACACUCCCCGACCUAACACCCAAGCAAAACGCUAGCGGAACUUGCUUCGUCUACAAGGUCGCCCCAGGAGAUUUUUGCGCUGCAAUUGCAACCGCUCAUGGCACUCUCACCGUCGCCCAAAUCGAGGCUUAUAACACCAAGACAUGGGGCUGGACAGGCUGUGCUGGACUCCAGGCCGGUGCGGCUAUCUGCUUGAGUACUGGGACACCUCCAAUGCCUGCACCUGUUGAUGCUGCCAUCUGUGGACCUCAAGUCCCGGGUACGAAACCACCUCCUGCGGGGAUCUCCUUGGCGUCGCUCAAUCCUUGUCCGCUUAAUGCUUGUUGUGAUAUUUGGGGACAGUGCGGUACCACGUUGGAGUUCUGUACUAUCUCAACUUCUAUGACAGGAGCUCCUGGAACUGCUGCACCAGGAGCCAAUGGCUGUAUUUCCAAUUGUGGAGUGAACAUCAUUAACGUCUCACCACCAGUUAACCAGUUCAUGCGGAUUGGAUAUUAUGAAGGCUGGACUGGUUCACGCUCCUGCCUCAAAAUGGACGUUUCAGAUAUCACUUUCUUCGGAGCAAAUGAUUAUACUCAUGUUCAUUUCGCUUUUGGGUCCAUUACUACCGAUUUCAAAGUUGCUAUUGGGGCUGAUGUCGCUGCCCAGUUUAAUAAAUUCGUAGCAGUGCCGCAGGGCAGCUUCAAAAAGGUUUUGUCAUUUGGUGGAUGGAGCUUCUCAACCGAUGUGGAUAGUUUUCCUAUAUUUAGAACGGGUGUUACCAGUGCGAAUCGUCAGACCUUUGCGAACAAUGUCGUGGCUUUCAUUGUUGCUAAUGGUCUUGAUGGUGUGGACUUCGAUUGGGAGUACCCAGGAGCACCAGAUAUCCCUGGCAUUCCACCCGGGAGUCCAACCGAUGGUCCCAACUACCUCGAAUUCCUCAAAAUGGUACGAGCUGCUCUUCCUGCUGGAAAGACUGUCUCGAUUGCUGCUCCAGCUUCCUAUUGGUAUUUGAAGGGAUUCCCGAUCGUCGAGAUGGCCGCUGUGGUCGACUAUAUCAUUUACAUGACCUAUGACUUACACGGACAGUGGGAUUAUGGGAAUACUUUCUCAAGUUCCGGCUGUGCCAAUGGAAACUGCCUUAGAUCUCAUGUGAAUUUCACUGAGACUCUCGACGCACUAUCCAUGAUUACGAAAGCUGGUGUUACUACUAACAAGAUUGCUGUCGGCGUGACUUCUUAUGGCCGUUCUUUCAAGGGGACAACUGCUGGUUGCACGGGACCAAUGUGUACAUUUGUUGGGCCUGAUUCGGGAGCUACGUCGGGGCCAUGUACGGCUGAGCCUGGGUACAUCUCAAAUGCAGAAAUAAACGCAAUAAUUGCAACCAACCCAACCGCCAAAGCCUUCUACGAUAGCGCAAGCAGCUCCAACAUACUCCUCUACAAUUCCGUGCAAUGGGUGGCUUAUAUGGACAACAAUGAAAAGGCUCGAAGGAUCGCUGCUUUCAAAGACCUCAACUUUGCCGGUACAACCGACUGGGCCAUUGACCUCGCAACAUUCGAGAACGCAGCUGCAUGCCCUGCUUCAAUACCAGACUGCGACUUUCUUCAGUACUCAACUAUCGGCCAAAGCGGAGUAAACUGGAGGACAAUAAAUUGCACCAAUCAGUGGAUUACCACCACGGAUCAAAACCCGAUGCUGCGUUGGUAUGGAAUUGGUGCAGACGGAGCUUGGACAGAUGCGCUGAACCACUACAACGACCACCGGCAGGGAUCGAGUUUAAGUUUUACAGAAGCUAUCAGCGACUUCUUUCAUGGACCAGGAGCUAUGGACUGCCAGACCACUAAUGCAUUUGAUGGCUGCGUUGGAAACGAUCUGCAGUGUCAUGACACUGUUGGCGCCGAUAGUGGUCCAGCCGGGUACUUCAUUCUAAACUCGUUCAUACACAUCGAGCAGUUACUGGAGGCAUUCUACACUGGAGUCACCAACGCUCACGGACCACUGGCAGAUCAGCUUGGAGGUUUCACUUCAACCUUCGCUCCUGUUAAGGUCGAGCCGGACUUCUUUAAGAUUGCCCUUGAUAUAUUCGGUCUUGGCUUCGCACUUACAGCAGCACCAAUCUGGAACUCGGUUUUGAGAGAUUUGCCUUAUUUUAAGCUAAACCCAAAGGCCUUGGGAACCCUGAAGGAUUCGGUAAACGCAUUUGUUUCGAAUUCAAUUACAAUAAUAAAGGAUUCCAGUGUUGCUUCCGAGGCAAUCAAUAGGUUGAACACAGUAGCCGAAACACUAGCCCAACUAACAGAAGGUUAUUUCAAGACAAUAGACCUCACCAAUCAAAAUAUUUUCGAUGGGAGUAACACGGCUUUGCUAUCCUCGAUGAUCAAAGAUGGCGUAUUCCUGAUGGCAACAGUGCCCACUGACCUGGAUAUUCAGGCAAUUAUCUUCAAAUCUACGUUUGCAAUCUUGAUCCCAUUCGCAUGGGGUCUCGUCGAUGACGGAGUCUUCAUCCUCGACCCUGGGAUCGCUUGCGGUGCUGCUCUACCCAACGAUAUACACAUCACCCCUGCCGGAGCCAGCUUGACAGGAGCCUGCGUUGGAAACAAGCAAUACUACGUAGCUGGGGUCUCUGGGACGUCUAGAUCGUGUGAUUCAAAUGGGUGUGUUGAUUCUUCUUUUGCACUAGUGCCAGGAUUGAGCUCCUUGGAUGGUAAAAAUUGGGGCGGAGUGACUCUCAAUCAUAUCAUCACGGGCGCCGUUAAUUCGUUUGCUGCCAAUGGAAAUAGAAAUGGUGGAACGAUGGCGGAUGCAAGCAACACAGAUACUCUGUCCGCAAUCCAGGAUGCAGACAUAACGGCUCCAGGUAUCAACAAUAUUCCAGUCUGUAGCGAUGCGGAGGCAUUCGGCAACUGGCAAACCAAAGAGUUGACUGGCAACAAAACUCCUAACUUUCCUUGCAACUGA